CCUAACCUCAAAUAUGUUUUAUGUGUAAAUGUAAAUAAUCAUUUGUAUAAUAAAUUCUGUAUAUAAUAAACCUUAGUAAACAUACAUUAAGCUCAUUCAAGUAAAGAAUUUCUAAACACAAUAAUUCAAAAUGUUCAAAAUAAUAUUUUUGUUGUUCACGAUAUUUAUUUGUGCAAAUUGUAACAAUGGAGAUUCUGUUGACUGUAGUAUGCUAAGAAUGGGGCAAUAUAUGUGUCCUGAUCCAAAUUAUGAUCUUAUUGAUCCCAAAACACAACAAAUCCGUGGUUGCCAACCCAACAAUAAAGCCAAAGUUCAGUGCUUAGCCAUUGAAGAAAUUACUUGUAAAGAAACAAAUAAAUCUACUUUUUUUAAAGAAAUGCCCUGCAAAUGGACGAAUGGCUACUAUUUUGACACAGCUCUCUUACUUUCCAUAUUUUUUGGAAUGUUUGGAUUAGAUAGGUUUUACCUCGGUUACCCAGCUAUUGGAUUAGCUAAAUUAUGCACCUUAGGUUUUAUGUUUCUUGGUCAAUUAGUAGAUAUAAUACUAAUAUCAACACAAGUAGUUGGACCAGCUGAUGGCUCUGCCUAUAUAACUCCAUACUAUGGUCCAAAUGUUCAAGUUGUUACAUUCAAUAAUUUUACUUUUCGAUUGAAACAGGAUGAUUGGUGAUUUUGAUAUAUUGAUGAAAAGAAUGGGAUAAAAAUGGAGCUAUAAAUCAAAAAUAGGCUGAUGAAAUGCCAAUAUGAAUAUAGAACGAACAUCAAAAUAUCUGAAUAAAAGAUUUAAUGAGUGAAGUCCCUAGGGAUAAAGAAAUUAUGACUAAGCUAUGGUGCAAAAUUUUUCAGACUGAACAGAAACUUCAUUUAUUUAUAAAGAAUAAAUUGGCUUUUACUCCAAUUGAUCUGUGAAGAUUCAACCUAUGCUUGAAUUUAUUCAUAUAUCGUGAUAAUUUUAUUUAAUUUAUAUUUGAUUUGAAAAUAUUUCAAAUUUUCUCAAUAAUUUUUUUGUAAUUGUAUAUAUGUUAUAAAUGUAAAAUUUUUAUUUGAAGUAGAAUGAACUGGUAGUUACUAACAUUCCCAAUGUUAGCAAAAUUAUAUUGUAAUUGUAAUAUAUUAAUUAUAAGCAGAUGGGCGACUUCUCCAGUAAAAUACAUAUUCUUAUUCAUGCCUA